CCACUUUUAUAAUAAUCGUAACGCUUUUUUAAUUGAUAUUAGAAGCUUUAAACAAAAAUGUAUUAAUAAUGAAAUCACUAAACUAAUUAAACACAGAAAUAAGAAAAAUAAUCAAAGCGCGCUUGAUCUAACCCUAGUAUAAGUAAAAGCUCUCAAAUCUCCGAUUGAGUCCUGUUCAGUAAGAGAGGAAAGUGGAAGGGAUAAGGCUGUGUUUACAUGAAGUCUGGCAAUCUCAAGAAUGGCAAAUUAGAGAGACCAGAUUGCCAGACUCCAUGUAAACGCAGCCUCAGGCUGAGAGUGUGAGUGAGAGGGGAAAACGAGUACAUAGGGUGGGAAAAUCAGAACAAAAGUAACGGCUGCUCGUAGAAAAGUCUAGUCUUUAGUCUAAUACGGGACCUCACAAACUAAUAUUGGCUCCGUUGGUGCAAACAAAUUGGCAAGUGUAAGAAGACUACUAAGUGAAGUGAUCUUGCAGGGCUUGUGAGUGAUGAAUUUGAAAAAUUGGAGAACGAGAAAGCAAACAGCUUAACGUAGUGUACUCUAUAGGCAAGAAAAACUUCAUGAACAGCCAGACUUACAACAAAUAUAAUAAAGGAGAUGGCUGGUAAAUCUGGUAAGUCUGGUAAGUCUUCGUAUGAUUCAUCAGAGGCUUGUUCAGAAAUAGUUAAAUCACUAAUGUGCCAUCGACAAGGGGGAGAAAACGAAAGUUUCAGCGAGCGAGCUGUCGAAUCUCUGGUGAAAAGACUUCAGGAAAAAAAAGAAGCACUGGAUAAUUUGAUCACUGCCGUCACGACCAACGGCAUGCAUCCGACUAAAUGCGUUACGAUACCAAGGACACUGGAUGGCAGGAUGCAGAUCGCUGGUCGCAAGUGCUUUCCACACGUAAUCUAUGCCAAGAUCUGGAGGUGGCCGGACCUUCGCAGACACGAAAUGAUACGUACCAAAUUUUGUUACUAUGGAUACGGUCUCAAGUGCGAUGUCAUUUGCGUGAACCCGUAUCACUAUGAACGAGUCGUUUCACCUGAAAUCGACCUCACACUGGCCGAACAAGAGCCAAGUACUACUAUGGACGAGUACAAUGCUGGAGGCUGUAGCAACGUCCCUGCAUCUGCCGUUGCUGGUGUUAGUGCUGAAAUCGAUGUUGUCAGUACGAUGAGCCAAACAAUACAGCAUUAUCCACCCGCAAUAACACAGCCCGCAAUGCCGAGCAACUCACAACAAUUGCAACAGCCUUACGUGCCAAAUCUUAAUCAACCCUUGACCGCUAACGGAACAGGUACCUACAACGAGAUAACGAUUAGUAGCAGUAGUGGUCCUUGCACUUCGGCUUCAAUCAGCCACUCUUACCUCAAUGAGGCUACUGCUCAACAAACAUGGAUGACAAAUCCUCCACAAUCGACACAUACUGACACGCAUCACUUACCGGCGCAGCAAAAUUUGCACUACCUCAAUCAGCAACAGCAGCAGCCUCUGAUCCCGAUGGGUGGCAGUGGCAGCAACCAAAUUCUGAACAAUGCUCAGGGAAAAUCUAAUGGCGAGGGCUUCUACGGCCCAACAAUGCCCACAGUCAAUCAGCAACAGCAGCAGCCUCUGAUCCCGAUAAGCAGCAGUGGCAGCAACCAAAUUAUGAACAAUGCUCAGGGAAAAUCUAAUGGCGAGGGCUUCUACGGCCCAACAAUGCCCACAGUCAAUCAUCAACAGCAGCAACCCCUGAUCCCGAUAAGCAGCAGUGGCAGCAACCAAAUUCUGAACAAUGCUCAGGGAAAAUCUAAUGGCGAGGGCUUCUACGGCCCAACAAUGCCCACAGUCAAUCAGCAACAGCAGCAACCCCUGAUCCCGAUAAGCAGCAGUGGCAGCAACCAAAUUAUGAACAAUGCUCAGGAAAAAUCUAAUGGCGAGGGCUUCUACAGCCCAAUAAUGCCCGCAGUCAAUCAGCAACAGCAGCAGCCCCUGAUCCCGAUGAGCAGCAGUGGCAGCAACCGGAUUCUGAACAAUCCUCAGAGACAAUCUAAUGGCGAGGGCGUUUACGGCCCAACAAUGCCCGCAGUCAAUCAGCAACAGCAGCAGCCCCUGAUCCCGAUGAGCAGCAGUGGCAGCAACCAAAUUCUGAACAAUCCUCAAGGAAAAUCUAAUGGCGAGGGCUUCUACGGCCCAAAAAUGACCACAGUUAAUCAGCAACAGCAGCAGCCCCUGAUGCCGGCGAGUGGCAGUGGCAGCAACCAGGUACUGAAUAAUCCUCAGGGACAGUCUAAUGGCAAGGGCUUUUACGGCCCAACAAUGACCUCGCUGAACGCCAACCAGCCAGCAUCAUUCGUCAAUAAUCUUCUAGCUACUCUUAAAGGGGUCAACAAUGGAGGUGAAGUAGCAGGUAACAUACGUACAGGAUCCGCUCCGGAACGACCAUGGAUCUCAAGAACGCCUUUGCCAGAUGAAUGGUGCUCAAUAGCGUAUUUCGAGCUGGACACACAGGUUGGAGAGACUUACAAAGUUAACAAAGCCUUCCAGACUAUCACAAUCGACGGCUAUUUAGAUCCCUUCUCUAAAAAUAGAUUCUGUCUUGGCGCCCUUAGCAACAUUCAUCGCACCGAGAGGAGCGAGAAAACUCGACUUCACAUUGGCAAAGGCGUACAACUUGAAUUGCGAGGUGAGGGCGAUGUCUGGCUGAAGUGCCAGAGCCAUAAUAGUGUAUUCGUUCAAUCGCAGUUCCUGGAUAGAGAGGCCGGCCGUGCACCUGGUGACAUUUGUCACAAGGUCUACCCUGCGACUCACAUCAAGGUUUUUGAUUUGAACCAAUGCUUCAGACUGAUGCGAAAUCAGAUGGCCUCGGCAAAAGCCGCUGCUGCAGCUCAUGCUGCCGCCGUUGAGGGAAGUACAAACCACGAUACCCCUAUGACCGAAGAGUUUAACGCAGCUGCAGGAAUCAGUGUCGAUGACCUUCUUCGACAGUCUAUUUUGCGAGUAAGCUUCAUCAAGGGAUUUGGUUCUGAUUAUCCGAGACAAAGUAUCAAAGAAACUCCAUGUUGGAUAGAGAUACGACUGCACCGGCCAUUACAACUUCUUGACGAUGAGCUGCUUAAGAUGCGAAGUAGCGGUCCACCGACGUAAAAGAAAGAAAGAGACAAAGACUUAUCACUUUGAUCUGAUUCUUUACUCUUCCUGGUGCUAGCGAGGAGAAAAUUGUCGUACGCCUACAACUGCCAGUACUAUAAGUCUAAAGAAAUAAAAUGAAAACAACCUGUAUGAUCAAACUUGUAAAUCAUGUAUGGGAUAAAUCUUGAAAAUAAUCUUAAAUUUUGAAAAUAUACAUCGAAGACUAUCUCAGGGGUAUAUAAUUUUUUUUAAUUUAUAACGUGGAUUGCAUUCUUCUCACAGCCGAUCAAUUUUUUAAUUUUUUUUUUUUUUUUA